AUGAGCAAGGAUGAAGAGGAGAAGGCUGGUGAUGAUGUUAUGAAUGUAUCAGAGCCCAAUAAUGUUGACCUCAAUGUUGAAGUUUCACAGAACAAGGAUGCAAGUGAGAAAACUGAGGUUGUUGUUGUUAAAGGAGCAAAUCCUAAUAAUGUGGAAGAGGAUAAUUCUCAUGUAUCUGAAUUUGACAAAGUUAGAGAUGGUGUUAUAGCAAUCGAUCCUGUGGAAAUGAACACAUAUAAAGUGGAAGAAAAUCAAGGUGAUAGUUUUGCUAGUGUUACUGAUGUCAGAAUUGACAAUGGGGAAACUUUUAAGGGAGCUUUGGAUGACUCAGAAGCAGUGGUAAGUAAUAUCAACAAGGUAGAUGGUGAAAACAAAGAUUCAGGUGAGAAGGGAGGUAAUUUUCCCAAUGAAGAGGAACAAGAGAAUGUAAAUGGUGUUUCAAGUAAUGCCUGUAAGCCUACAACAAGUGAAGAGAUAGAUGAAGGAGUAGAGAAACCAAUGCAAAUCCCUGGUCAAGAUGACUUGGAAACUGUUAUGGAUAAUGCGGAGACUGAUGUUGCAAUUAUUGCAGAUGUUGAUAUUAAUGAGGAAGAGGAAAAGGAGUUGAAUUUUGAAGGACCAAAGACAGUAGAUCAACAAGAUAAGUUUGAAGAAGUGACUAGGUGGUCAGUUGAUAACCAACAGGAGGAAGAUAGUCUAACAAAGGAGGAUAGCACUGAGGAUGGAACCAAUAUAGCUGCUACAAAUAAAGAGAGUGAAGCUUCAGGUAGUCCUUUCGAUAAAGCUCUUACUGUUGGAUGUUAUCAACCUUCCAAUAGUAAUAGCAAGGAAGUUUCUGAUUUCACAGCUAUGGUACUGAAAGAAAAUACUCAUAUUGUGUCUGUCAGUAAGAAGAAGUCUCCACAAAAAGGGUUUCAUGCCUUAGUCUCUCAUGAUCUGAAUAGCAUGUAUAAUAACAAAGAAGGAGAGGUUAUGAAGAAACAUACGUGCAAAAGCACAUAA